GCUCAAGCUACCAAACCGAAGUAGAGCACCAGUGAACUCGUGCUGGAGGUUCGUUCAAAGCAACUACCCACAGAAAACAGAACAAAACCUUUUCUAUCAAAUCAUGGACGUCCCGCCGCUGCACACGCAGCAGCUACCUUCGCCUCUGCAGGGUCUCAAAUCUGGAGCUGCGUUAUCGGAAUGGUACUUGCCGCGUCGGGAUUGGAACCUCUUCCAUGACCCGAGUUACGUCGAACGACUGAACGUGUUGCUGCAAAGCUGUCAAGAGGAGGUCCGAAUUCACUCUGCGAAAGGAGGCGACCAGCACAAAGCCCGGGAACUCCGCGAAAAUGCAAUCCCAUUAUUGGAGAAACUAUUGCAUGUAUGGCUGGGUGGUCAUUCUUAUUGGCUGACUUGAAGCAGUUUUUUUUUCACCUGAGUGAGCCCCGAGGACUACUAGUAGAUGGCAUUCUCUGCUCACACUUAUUUUUUUCAACAUACGACCAGUCGUGACACUCUUUUUAAGGAGCUGGAGCUCCAAUAUCUAGAUGGUAUUUUUGUCCACAAAAGUCCCUAUCACUCUUUAACUGCCUUGGCGAAUAAGCCUCCGGACAUGUUGUUGGUGCUUUUGCGGGUACCAGAAGAGCAUUGGAAGGUGCCUGCGAAGUCCAGUGCAGCGGUGUCCCCGGUCUCGAGCCGUCGUUUAGGUAGAGGGCCGUCAACUAUGGCUGUGGACUCAAUCGUGAUUCUUGUCACUUACGCAGGCUUCAUAUUCUUUGUACUAAUAUCAGCAUGUAAUUUUGAUUUCUAUGAUAGAUACCUUCUCUUAAUUUUGUGGUUUUUCUACUAGUCAGGACAGCUCCACCACAAAUAUACUUUUGACUCAGAAGUGUCGCGGAUGUGCUUCGUUUUAUCGUGACCGAGUGAGUUGUGAGUGAGUCAGUUGUUCUAUCUUCUUGCUUUCAUAUUGUGAAAUUCGGCGGGAAUACAGGCGGCUUCGAGUGCGCACGAUGCUGGCGAUGAAAUGCAUGAGGAAAUGAUGAGUCCCACUGGUGCAGGACGCUUCAACACUAGUGGCGGAAGCACCUCAUCGACUGCCGCACAUCAUCAGGAACACCACCAUCAUCAUCCCAGUGAUCUUGAACGCCAGAACAAUGAACCGCUUCUAUUCUACGUGCACCGCGAAAUUUUCGCAGCAUUGAAUCCCGUGAUCAAAUCGGAGGUACUACGUGUAGUUUUUUCUUUACGAUGGUGGUGCAUCUACUUUGUGAUUGCGAAGUCGUGUUGAGGAUACCACGUAGGUACUAGGCAGCUGUGGUAAAUGUAAAUUAGUAUGAUUGAUAGUCCUAAAACAUUGCAAAAAAUGCAUAUUAUAUAUCACCCCACUGAUCACCGCCACAAAACUCCCCGCCUACCCCACUGGAGACUAGUCCGGUUCUUCCUCGGCGCCUUACCUAUAGUCUCCGGCCCCUUCCCCUCCCGCUGCAGUCCCGAUAGUCUCCGCGGGUUUUUUUGCGGAAACUUUAUUACGAGAAGGCCCCCGGGCAUACCUUCAGAAAGAAGCUGGAAAAAUUCCCGACGGGAGUAAGGGCGCAAGUUGGGGACCGAAGUCCGACGCGAGAAGACUGACGAAAGACAUCUGGCGCAAGACAUUCCACAUGACAUGAGACGCCUCAUGAAAGACGCCCCGCGAAGGACAUCUGACGAAAGACAUUGCACAAGAUAUGUCUCACGAAAGACGCUUGGCGAAGCAAGGACAUCCGACGGAGGACCGACGUCGGGCGAAAGACGUCUGACGCAAGACGUAGACGCUUCACGAAAGGCGCCACGUGGCGAAGCAAGGGCGUCGGACGUAAGACCGACGUCGGGCUAAAGACGUCUGCCGCAAGACGUCGGACGAAAGAGAAAGACGUCAGACGAAAGACGCCGGACGCGAGACGUCUAAGCUAACCUGGCGAGCUACGUCUGGGGAGAGACGCACGACGAAACACAUCUGACGAAAAACAUCUGAUGAAACACAUCUGACGAAAGACAUCUGACGGAAGACAUGCGUCUGACGCAAGACAUCCGACGAAAGCGAGACGUCUGGCGCCGGACUUACGUCGGACUGUCGAAGGAGAGCAUGGCAAACAUCUGACGAAAGGCGUCUAUCUGACGCAGGACGUCCUACGAAGGACACGGACGCCUGACGAACGACAUCAGUCUGACGAUAGACGUCGGACGUAAGACAUGCGCCCGACGGUCGGCAUCAGUCUGACGAAUGGCAUCAGUCUGACGAAAGGCGCCCGCCUGACAAAAGACACGGCGUGACGAAAGGCGUCAACCUGACGAAAGAGCAACUCGGCCUGACGAAGGACGUCGUUCCGACGGAAGACGCCAGGUCGACGAAAGACGUACCCUGGGCGACGGACGCACCUCGUUUGGACGAAAGACGCCCGACCAUCCAAAGGCGUCUGACGAAGCAAGACAUCCUGCCAGCUGUACGUAGAGAGACCCCGCCAGCAUGCCUAUGCGUUUUUUCUCUUGACUCAUCGAUCAGGGUCGCCCCUUUUGCCUGCCACCGCGGUCCGGUGGCUAUAUAUAUGCGUGGGGCCCUGCGGGUCCUUGUGUGUGUACCACGGUGGUGCCCUUCGGGUUUUUUUGUUGGACUGCCGUGGGGGUCUUGCAAACUCUUAAGAAUUUGCGUGACCCCCUGGCAGUUCAAUGGGGAAACCUUAGGCAGCCCACUCAUCUGCCCCCCAGGGGCCCACGUGCCUAAGUCGGUUAGCGCCGGCACUCUCGUCGUAGUCAAUUUUUCGAAGUGAACUAGCUAUGGCUAAGUAAUCCGCGGGCUGUGUCUAGCUGUGGCCCGUGGGCGGCGAAGUGCUAAGUAAAGCUAAGCUUGAAGUCGGGUGAAGCUUGUGGGUGCUAGUAUGUGCCGAACAUAUCUCCAGCGCGAUUUUUUCAUGGGUUUCAGUUCUUGUAGGAUCAUGAUGCAAAUCACUUAGUAGACGGGGCUUAAGUUGUAGUUGUGAUCCAUUGCAGUCUGCUUUUCAGAUUAAGCUGUGGGAUCGGCUAGAGGAGCUGCAUUUGAAGUAUGGCGCAGGGUGCGAACGAGUAUGCCGCAUGCUUUAUGGUGAGGCAUGGGAGAAGUGGGUCAACUAUGCCUAUCAGUCCAAGGCCUUUGAUACGAAAGAUGACGAUGGGCGGUCAUCAUUCCGAAGUGUUAGCAGAAGUUUGCACGUCGAUGUCAGGGAAGGGGUAGGGGACGACUUGCCUUCUUCAGACAACAUACUAGUAGAUAAGAAUGGAGCACCAGGACAAAUUACAAAAGGUAGUACUCUGUAUGCUGCCAGUACAGAACAUGAUGAUGAUUCGCAUAGAGGUUCACCGGCAGACGACGGAUUCGACCGAGACACUGCUCGCGACGAAGAUCCUGCAUCGUCAACAAUUAACAACACAUCCUCUGUCGUGAUCGGCAAACGACACCACCAUCGUCACCACGUGAAGCAAGAGCAGCUGGACUUUGUGCCAUCAGGAAAAGUAGACCUGACAGAAUUGGCGCAUGAAGACCGUUCUGGUCGUGGAGUAAAACCGACUGCACAAGCAGUCAUCGAUAAACAGCUCGCGCAACUACGAAGACUCCAUCGAUGUGUCAUCCGAGGCACGCAAACGCGUACUACUUAUUCUUCUACUGCUGCUAGUAUGUUUUCUACGUUCUUGUUCUUGGUGCAGCCCUGAACAACUACAACGUGGUGUGUCGGAAAACUAAGAGCACUGGCAAAUCAAUAUAAACCACUACCAGGUCUCGGCGAGUUGUUCUAUAAGCGAGUGGUAGUGCAGUCGGGUCCCGCGCGAAUUCGUUCCCGUUUGACCGCACGUGGAGUCGAGCAUGCACUUCACUACCUUUACAACAGGGGAGCAACGAGGGACAGCGCGAGCGGCGAGAGUUGGGACCACAUCCCAAGCGACGACUUUCCCUCUGCCCUCCACUUUCUUUUCCAGCUCGCUGUGACCGAGAAAACGAUGCUUGGUAUUAAUCUUCGACUAGUAGGAACUGGAACUGUAGUAAGUGGGGGCCUGCGGUUACCAGUAUUAAUCUUCGACUAGUAGGAAACGAAGAAGUAGCUGUAUCUGUAAGAUGAUGCUCGUUGGAACGAAUUAUGAUAAAUUUCUUCUAAAUUUGCUGAACGAAGAAGUUCUUCUUUUGGAAUAGAGUUGGCUGCUCACGCUCAUCUGCUUGCAUCAUCAAUUGUAAUUGAUAUCGAAAGUAGAUAGCAAACAAUAUCCUCCUUCGCAACUCCCACAACAGAGGCCCUCCGUGCACUAUUGUAUCAGCGUCCGCAGAUCGGGUGUCUCUAUCUAGCGAGGCAGUAUGGAUACGACAAAACGCGGACACAAAACAUACCCAAAACGGAAAUAAUGGGUAUCAUUGAUUUGCAAAAACAUACCCCAAACGGGAAUAAAUGGUAUGAUUGAUUUGCAUGAAUAUUUAUGCUCUAGAAGAUACUUGUUCUUGUUUUUUGAAAGGACUCACUAGCCUGGAAGAAUUACUAAGAACUACAAAUAAUUUUCCGAAGCCAAAGCAUUUCCUCCACAACCAUUCUCUAUCUCUUCAGCACGGAAGAAUUUGGAGUAUUUGAACCUAGAGAACGUUAUUCUAUCCGCUUUUGGAUCGUACUCCGGUGAAGAUGUUCAGCGCAUCCGCGGCUACUCUGCUUUGAGUGACGAAGACAAAAUCGAUAUAGCGGAACGACGGAUAGGCGCCCUGGAGGGCCUCGUUCGGGAACCGCACAUCCGAUUCCGGACCCAUUUCCGGGAUAUGCUCCCUCCCGGCACGAUCGAGGACAAGCCGUUGCUGCCCUUGAGCACCGGCCAAAGGCUGGCUAGGGGCCGCGGAUUCUCCCACCAUUUCGCGUUGCAAGCAGAGAAAGAAAAACUCGCAGAGCAAGCGAAGCGGCAAGCGGAGGAAGCCGAGGCAGAACGAAAAGCGCAAAACCGGGAGCUAUACUUUCGCCCAAGGUCAAAAUCGGCUGCCUUCGCUCUAUACGACUCGUCGUUAGACAAUUUCACGAUGUACUGAAGAUCUCGCUUCGGUGUUGAUGUACAAACCGAGUUUUUCUCUGAUCAUUUCUCGCUGCCAUUUUAUCGCUUCGCGUGCAGCGGCUAUAUCCAUAUCAACAGUGGACGUGACUACUUUGCUACGUGUCAUGAUUUCUCAUUCACUUCUGCAUGAACAGCGACAGGAACAAGUGGGCAACCUGUGUCUUUCCG